CCGAGUCGCGGCCGUUACGGGUGGCGCGCGCGGGGCCUCAAAGUAGAUGAUGGAGGACACCCAGGCUGUUGACUGGGAUGUUGAGGAAGAGGAGGAGACAGAGCAAUCUGGUGAAUCCUUGGGGUAUAGCUUGGAGCCUGCAGGGCGACUGCAUGUCUUCAGCAGUGCCCGUGGACCAGAAAAAGAUUUCCCACUAUACCUCGGGAAGAAUGUGGUAGGCCGAAUGCCUGACUGCUCUGUGGCCCUGCCCUUUCCAUCCAUCUCCAAACAACAUGCAGUGAUUGAAAUCUUCGCAUGGGACAAGGCACCUAUCCUGCGGGAUUGUGGGAGCCUCAAUGGUACUCAAAUCCUGAGGCCUCCUAAGGUCCUGAGCCCUGGGGCGAGUCAUCGUCUGAGGGACCAGGACUUGAUUCUCUUUGCUGACUUGCCCUGCCAGUACCAUCGCCUGGAUGUCCCCCUGCCCUUUAUCUCCCGGGGUCAUCUAACUGUAGAGGAGACACCCAGGGUACAGGGAGGAACUCAACCCCAGAAGCUUCUGUUGGCUGAGGACUCAGAAGAGGAAGUAGAUUCUCUUUCUGAACGGAAUGUGGUGAAAGAAUCAAAGAUCACAUCCUCCCCUUUGGCAACAAUAGUUCCAGAAAGUGAUGAAGAGGGGCCUUCCCCUGCCCCAAGUGGCCCCAGGCGACCUUUUGCCUUCAACUUGGACAGUGACACAGAUGAGGAAGAAGGUCAGCAACCAUCUGCAGGAGACGCCCCCUCAGCUGCCAGAAGAGGUGCUGCUGCAGAGGCAGAGCAGCCUGAAGAUGAUGGAGUUGCAACUGAAAUCCAGCUCGAAAAGGAUCAGCCUUCAGUGAAGGAGAGGGACAAUUACUCAAAAGUUGAGAGGAAAGCAGGGAAUGGGGUGGUUCCAGUUGGGGUGAUUCUGGAGAGGAGCCAACCUCCUGAGAAGGACAGUGACACAGAUAUGGAUGAUGACAGCAGGCCUCCUGGAAGGCCAACUGAGGUCCAUUUGGAAAGGGCCCAGCCUUCUGGCUUCAUCAACAGUGAUACUGAUGUGGAGGAAGAAGGGAUCCCUGCCACGCCAGCUGUAGUUCCUAUGAAGAAGAGGCAAAUCUUUCAUGGAGUUGGUACAAGAAAUACUGGGGCACCUAGCUUGGCACAUCUGCAGGAGUGCCAAGCUGGUAGUGAUACAGAUGUGGAGGAGGGUGAGGAACCACUGGCUGUCCCUCUAGAGCAAAGCCAAGCCUCCGUGGUGAUCGACAGUGAUACAGAUGAUGAGGAACAAGUCUCAGCAGCACUCACCUUGGCACGUCUGAAAGAGAGUCGAGCUGUUAUGUGGAACAGAGAUACAGAUGGGGAAGAGAAUAGGGCCCAGCCUGUGGUCCUUCUGGAACAAAGCCAAACAGCAACUGGGAGAGACAGUGACACAGAUGUGGAAGAGGAGGGGCUCUCAGUGGAAAAGAGAGAAACUGUCCCUAAGGGUCACACGGACAAAGCUGGAGCCCUUGUUAUAGAACAUUCAGAAAAGGGUCAGUCUCCUCUCGGGGACAGUGAUGUAGGUAUGGAAGCAGAUAGGAGCUCAUCUGGGAUCCACCUGGAGAGAAGCCAUGCCUCUGCCAUCGUGGACAUCAACACAGAAAUGGGGGAGAAAGUCCCACCAGGGCCAGCUGUUAUACAUCCAGAGAUGCAUCAGGUGCCUGUGGAGGGGACAGAUCAAACAGAUGUGGAAGCAGAGGGGGGCCAAGCAAAGCUGCCUGUGGUGCCUCUGGAGGAAGCCCAGCCACCUCCAGAUGGGGACUGUGAAACAGAUGUGGAGGAGGGCAUGUCCUCAGCAGCCUUAGCAGUGGCAGACGUAAGAAAGAGCCAGCUUCCAGCAGAAGGGGAUGCUGGGACAGAGUGGGCUGUGGCUGUUCUGGAGCGGGAGAGAGCUCUUGAGGUCGGGGCCCAGGGUGGGUCACCAGUGGCACAAGUGGAGCAGGACCUUCUCCCUGUCUCAAGGGAGAACCUCUCAGUUCUGGUGGUGGACACAGGCAUUCUAGGGGAACCACAGAGAGAGGGAGCCCAGAUCCCCACAGGAAAAGGGACAGAACCAGAUGUGGGCGUGACCAAGGACUCCAAAGACAACCAUGGUGAUUCUGAAGAUCUGGAUCUUCAAGCUACCCAGUGCUUUGUGGAAAGAGAGAAUCAGAGCCUAGAAGGUGCCCUGGAUGAGCCAUGGGAGGUCUUGGCUACACAGCCAUUCUGUCUGAGAGAGUCUGAGGCCUCUGAAACCCAGCCCAUUGCCGCCUACCUUGAGGCCCAUGGAUUUUGCCUGUCCUCACCUAGGGCAACACCACAAGACCAACAUCCAGAGAGCCCAGUCCACACAGAGCCAUUAGGGAUUCAAGGCAGAGGGAUGCCGACUGUGGAGAAAGACCUGGGUACAGCAAAAGAAACAGCAGAGAGGGUGACCCCUGAGAGGGAUACCAAGAAAUUGUCACCAGAAGGAGAGAGAGAAGAUGCAAUGGGUGAUGAAGAAUUAACCAGAGGCCAUUUGAAUUGCAAGAUGCCACCUGCUGAGCAGGCUUCCAGGGGUGAUCAGGAAUCCGCAGAUGCUUGUCUGCCUCCUACAGUGCCUGAAGCCUCAGCCACACCACCACACCCUCUUAUCUCUCAGAGCCAAACACAUCUUGCAUGUCAGCCUCUUCUUUCUCCCUCUGCACCUCCUUUCCAGCCAUGCAUUCCUAAAACCAGGCAAAAUGGGAGUCAGGAAGCUCCAGAGACUCCCUUGACCUCAGAGCUGCAGCCUUUCCACCCCAAGCCUACAGUCAGUCCCCCUGAGUCCUCUAGGAUGACACCUUCUCUAGUUUCCAGUACUGCCGUUGAGCCCCACCCUACUUUACCCACAGCCCAGGCUCUGAGCCCUGAGCCCACAUCUCGGGCCACUCAGGGCAGGACAUGUAGGUCCUCUAGCAAGACUCCGGAACCAGUUGUCCCCACUGCCCCUGAGCUCCAGUCUUCCACCUCCAAAGACCAGCCUGUCAUCCCUUGGCCCACAACUCAGGCCUCUCGGGGCAGGACCCGUAAGUCUUCUAGCAAGGUCCCUGACCCAGUUGUCCCCACAGCCCCUGAGCUCCAGCCUUCCACUUUCAAAGACCAGCCUGUGACCUCCAAAUACACAUCUCGGGUCACUCGAAGCAGGACACAUGGAUCCUCUAACAAGGCUUCUGAACCAGUUGUCCCCACUGCCCCUGGGCUCCAGUCUUCCACCUCCAAAGACCAACCUGUCAUCCCUGGGCCCACAUCUCGGGCCACUCGGGGCAGGACCCGUAAGUCCUCUAGUAAGACCCCUGACCCAAUUGUCCCCACAGCCCCUGAGCUCCAGCCUUUAACCUCCAUCAACCAGCCUGUUACCCCCAAGCCCACAUCUCGGGCCACUCGAGGCAGGACACAUAGGUCUUCUAGCAAGACUUGUAAACCAAUUGUCCCCACAGCCCCUGAGCUCCAGUCUUCCACCUCCAAAGACCACCCUGUCAUUCCUGAGCUCAUAUCUCAGGCCACUCCAGGCAGAACUCAUACAUCCUCUAGCAACACCCCUGACUCAGUUGUCCCCACAGCCCCUGAGCUCCAGCCUUCCACUUCCAAAGACCACCCUGUCAUCCCUGGGCCCACAUCUUGGGACAGUCAGGGCAGGACCCAUAGGUCCUCUAGCAAGACCCCUGAACCAGUUGUCCCCACAGCCCUUGAGCUCCAGCCUUUAACCUCUACCAACCAGCCUGUCACCCCCAAGCCCACAUCUCAGGCCAUGAGAGGUAGGACACGUAGGUCUUCUAGCAAGACCUCUGAACCAGCUGUCCCCACAGUCCCUGAGCUCCAGUCUUUCACCUCCAAAGACCAGCCUAUCAUCCCUAGGCCCACAUCUCGGGCCACUCGGGGCAGGACCCAUAGGUCCUCUAACAACACCCCUGACCCAGGUGUCCCCAUAGCUCCUGAGCUCCAGACUUUAUCCUCCAAAGACCAGCCUAUCACUCCCAAGCCCACAUCUCGGGCCACGCGAGGCAGGACAUGUAGGUCUUCUAGCAAGACCUCUGAACCAAUUGUCCCCACAGCCCCUGAGCUCCAGCCUUUAACCUCCAAAGACCAGCCUAUCACCCCCAAGCCCAUAUCUCAGGCCACGCAAGGCAGGACACGUAGGUCUUCUAGCAAGACCUCUGAACCAAUUGUCCCCACAGCCCCUGAGCUCCAGCCUUUCACCUCAGAAGACCAGCCUGUCAUCCCUGGGUCCACAUCUCAGGCUACUUGGGGCAGGACACAUAUGUCCUCUAGCAAGAUCUCUGAACCAGUUGUCUCCACAGUCCCUGAGUUUCAGCUUUCUGCAUCUAAAGACCAGCCUGUGACCCCCAAGGCCACUUGGGGCAAGACUCAUAGGUACUCUAGCAAUACCCCUGACCCACUUGAACCCAUAGCUCCUGAGCUCCUGCCUUCCACUUCCACCAACCAUCUUGUCACCCCUAAUCCCAUCUCUCAGGCCACUAGGGGCAGGACACAUAGGUCCUCUGUUAAGACCUCUGAACCAGUUGAAAUGACAGGCCCUGAUCUUGAGCCUCCCACCACCACAGACCAUACUGUCACCUCUGAGGCUGUAGCUCGGGGUGGUCAGAGCAGGACACUAAGGUCUUCCACAACAUCUGCCAUGCCAGUUCCUACCACCCCUGGUUCCCAGUCUCCUGUGACCACAGCCCAGCCUGUUCUCCCAGAACCCAUUCCUCAAGCCAGUUGCAGCAGGAGACAGAGGACUGCUGGGGAGCCUGACUCUCUCACAGCUCCCAUUUUCCACAGACCUUGCUCUGCACCCUUUGAACCUCAAUCCCGAUCCUCAAGGAACCAAAGACCAAGAACACUGAGAGCAGUUGAGUCCCUUAGGACAAUUUCUGAGCCUUCCUUUCCCCAGCUUCUUGAGGUGCCCGCUCAUAUUCCCCAGGUAGAAACGGUGGAAACAGCAGGUAAAUUUGGGUUCGCUCCAGAGCCCCAGCCUAAGGCCUCUCAAAGCCACAAGAGGCCUUUAGCUACCAUGGAUUCACCCCCACAUCAAAAACGGCCCCGCAGACGGGAAGUCCCCCAGAAGACAUUGUUACUCAAGGAAGAGGAAGAAGAUGCCGCAGAGAGGCCAAGGAAGGAAGAGCCUCAGGAUGUAGUGGUUCCAGGACCAGUCAAGAGAAAGAGAGACCAGGCAGAGGAGGAACACAAGGGAAUACCGAACCACAGCCUCCGACGGACCAAACCCAACCAAGAACCUACAGCCCCCAAAGUGCUCUUCACAGGAGUGGUGGAUACUCGUGGAGAACGGGCAGUGCUGGCACUGGGGGGGAGUCUGGCUGGCUCCGUGGCAGAGGCUUCCCACCUGGUCACUGAUCGAAUCCGCCGAACAGUCAAGUUCCUGUGUGCCCUAGGGCGGGGGAUCCCCAUCCUCUCCCUGGACUGGCUGCAUCAGUCCCGCAAGGUUGGUUGCUUCUUGCCCCCGGAUGAGUAUGUGGUGACCGAUCCUGAGCAGGAGAAGAACUUUGGCUUCAGCCUCCGGGAUGCCCUGAGUCGGGCUCGGGAGCGAAGGCUGCUGGAGGGUUAUGAGAUUCAUGUAACCCCUGGGGUCCAGCCUCCACCACCUCAAAUGGGAGAGAUCAUUAGCUGCUGUGGAGGCACUGUCCUACCCAACAUGCCCCGGUCCUAUAAGCCUCAGAGAGUUGUGAUCACAUGCCCCCAGGACUUCCCUCGAUGCUCCAUUCCAUUUCGGGUUGGGCUGCCCCUCCUCUCACCUGAGUUCCUGCUGACAGGAGUUCUGAAGCAGGAAGCUGAGCCAGAGGCCUUUGUCCUCUCCACUUUGGAAAUGUCAUCCACAUGAAAACCCCAAUAUCCUUUUCCCUCCCCGACCAGUAAAUAAAGUAUUAGAAAAUAUUUGGAAGAAAGAACUCAGAGCUUUAAAAGGAUUGGGUUAUACUGUCCUGCAACAUGGGUGGGACUUGGAGCUCCACUGGCGCAAUCGGUUAGUGCGCGGUACUUAUACAACAUGGGUGGGACUAGAAAGGUUUAUGAGAAAACACAAAGAUAGGGAGAUUGGGAGCCAUAGAUUUUCUAAAAUGGCCGUUUUAUAUUUGUGUGUGUAUGUUUGUGUAUGUGUGUGUGGCUGGCUGGUACGGGGAUACAACCCCAUGAUUUGGGGGUUAUAAAGGCUGUGCUCUAACCAACUGAGCUAACCGGCCAGCCUAAAAUGGCCAUUUUAAAACUGGCCAGACCCACGCUCGUAUAUCUUAAGUGGGUGGGUGCCCAUCUUUAGCCGGACUGACGCUGUUGUCGCUCCAUGGCACGCACAGUAUCCUGCCUCCUAUUCAGACACCAUCUCUCUUCCUCUUUUCUUGCUGGGAUUCUUACUUAUCCUUGAAAGACAGUGGAAACAGCUUUGGCCUCAGGAACUUGAAGGGAUGCUUGGAGUGAGGGUGGAGUUGUGGAUGUAACUCCUAUAUACUAAAAUAUUUUCCUCUCCCCUGGCCUCUAGAAGCAUCUUUUAGCUUUGAGCAAGUCUCUGCACUUUUCUGGCCCCCUUUUCCAGCGUUUAUAAAAUUAGAGCUAAGGCUUGACUUCUGUGAAAAAUAAAUAUUCACUCUGUGC